AUGGACAAUUCACACAAGCGGGCGUUGUCGACCGGCGACGGACUUAGUAGUGGGGGAACUACGACCAUGCUGCUCGGAUUUCUCAUAGUCUUCAUCUCUCUUUUUGUCGUUCUGGUUAUUGGUGGUAUUGCAUUCCACCAAAUAUACCGUCGGAGGAGGGAUGUGCGACUAGUAGCGCCUUCGCAACAGGCAUUGCGCAAUAGUAAGGGGGAGUUGAAGGUUCCGCGGCUGGCGGACAUCGUAGUGGAGGAGAAGGGUGCGGAGAUUGUAAAGGGGAGGCUAGACGACGACUUCCAGCCGUUGUCAGUAGCCAAGGUGCACGACUUUGACGCCGACGCACACGAGGCUGCGGCUUCUCCAGCGAACAAACCUCGGUUUCUACCCACUACUUUUCGCAGGUCAUCGUCAUCAUCAUCCCGGCCACACGCCGACACAUCAACAGCCAGUGAGAUGGCCCAGGUGUCAUUUAUCAUCACCAUGCCUUCACCAUCGCACAGCCAGGAUGCAUCACGCAGACCAUCGAUCACGAGCGAAUCCAGCUCAUCUUCGGAUGCGAGCAGUUGGCAGAAUCGCGAGUACGCUAUCGGAACAUGUACAGCCGUCAUUCCUCGCUCAAGCGUUUCAUGA